AUGGAGCCACUCGCAGUUUACUCAUUAAAAUGCUUGGGACCCAAAGCAAAGGUAUUUGCAUUUCUGCUGUCUGUGGUUCUAUGCACAGUAAUGAUAUUUUCUCUACAACAAAAAUUCCUAAAACCUAAAAUCAACAGCUUUUAUGCCUUUGAAGUGAAGGAUGUAAAAGGAAGAACCGUUUCUCUGGAAAAUUUUAAAGGCAAAAUUUUUUUGUUGAUUCUUCUAAGAAAGAACCAAGGUGCAAUUUUUGGAAGUAUCUGGUCAACCCUGAAGGUCAAAUUGUGA